AUGGAAGCAAGACAGCUCCAUUGGACAGAUGCACACUUUUGUGGUCUUCGAUCACAAUCAAAUGUGUAUGGGUUGUCAAAAAUUUUGACUGAAGAAGGACAGAUAAAACUUAUAGUGGCGACGAUAAAUGGUGAAUUAAUUUCUGUGGAAUACCAAAAAUCUGCUGACAACAAAAUCAUACCUAUCACUAGAGAAGACAUUCUCCUCAGCACCGGCAACCAUCAAGGACCCGGUGGAGAAACAGAGAUUGUGUCUGUAGAUGUCAUCUGUCAAGAUAUUCAACAUAACACAGUGCUUGCCAUCUCCUACCUCAAGCUUGGGACUCAGUUUGAAGAAAAGUCUCCAAGUGCCUGUAUGAAUUUUUACUUCCUUCCUGGAAGGCAGUCUGAUGCACCCUACCCAAAUAUUAUGGAUGCCAUCACACAUUCUCAGACACAGAACCUAGACUUCAUUCCCUUCAAGCUAAUGCACCACUACAUCUACAAGCGUGAGGGUCAGAAGGAAGUUUGCUUUCUGCUGAGUGGAAAUGACAAUAAAAUUCAUAUUUACAGGCAGCAAUCAAAAGAUGACCCUUCAUUCUAUCAUGACAUGGAUGCUGUGGAUAAAUAUUUCCCUGAGUUGAUCAACAUUGAUGGAUGUGUGACACAGAUGGAGUUUCGACAGAUUGAUGGCGCACAUAGAUUGACCGUCUUUGGAGUUCAGAGUGGACUUGUCACAUUGAGCCUAGUGAAUGUGGUCACUUCUGAAAUUGAGCAGACAUGGACCACAGAGUUAGACAGCCCAAUCACCAGCCUCCAGUUAUUUACCCAGUAUACAAAUGUAGACUGUCCAGAGUUUUUGCAUAAACAAGGUAACCGUCCAGGUGACAAAGGUCAGCAUAAAUUAGAACCAGUAAAUUUGCUGAUCACAUCGGCCAUUGACCCAGCUGUUGUUUUCUGUGAUGUUAUCAACCGUGGACUCUCAGAAAACUAUCAUCUGCCACACAGCAACACCCAGGAUGUCAUCUUGUGUUCUUGUGUCAUGGACAUCGACUUUGACGGGGAGAAUGAGCUUAUUAUUGGGACUUAUGGCCAGAUUCUCCUGGCUUAUAAAUUCAUAAGUGAAAGACCGCAGUCAAUCUUGAUGACAUCAACACCCUACCAGUCCCCAUUACCUGUCCCAGUGACAGACAACUCUGUACGAUCUUCAAGAGAGAAGCUCAGCUAUGAUCAGGCAGAUUAUAGAAGGAGACACAAAUCUGUUGCUGCAGCUCUAGAAAACAAUGGCCUCAAUGAUCGGCAUGAAUUACAUGACCAGUAUCGUUCUGAUGAAAGCUUUCUGCUAGAAGGCAAUCUGAAAGAUGGACAGUUGCCUCGUCUAGUCAGAUCGCAGGAAAAUCUGGCCAUAUACUCUCCAAGGUCAGUUAAUUUUAAUACUCCAGACUAUGAGACAACUUCAGACCUUGGCCCGCUUUCUGGCACACUGACGGAUCCUAUGGAUUACCCUUGUUACAG